AAUGGAGGACGUCAAAAUUAUUCAGUGCAUGAUAAAUCGAUAAUGACUCAAUUCAUUUUAAAUAUUACUUGUCAGCUAGCCAAGACUGAUAAUACAAACAGGAUAAAAUAGGGUUCUUCGAAACGGGUAAAAAGAAAGUAUCAUACUUUAUUACAUGGUGUAACAAAUUACACCCAAUGUGAUCAAGAAAAUGCCGGGGAAGAGGAAAAGAGGGGUUAAAAACCCUUUCCGACAUACUAGUAAUAGUUGUACAGUAGGAUUUGGUUCAAGCCAUUCAAUGUCUCAGGCGUCUUCACGAUGUAGUUUGCACUGGGAAUCGAUCUCUGGAGAUGAAAACUAUAAUAGCACUUUCGCCGACUCCGAUUCUGAAACAGAUCCCGAAAAUGAAUUUGCUACUUCUAGAUAUGAAAAAAGUUGCCAGCUUUAUGCUAGUAAUGAGGGAAAACGUAGGAUUUUGCGGCAAGACAUCAUGCAGUAUGGACUUGAGCUUUCAAAUGCAGAUGACUUCAAAGAAAAGGAAGAUAAAAAACCGUUUUAUGAUGAAAUGUUUCCAGUAGACAGCUUAGAAAAGAAAUUGAAAUCCAAUCCACAUCAGUAUAAGCGCUGCAGGUUUAAUGUUAUGAAUUCCCAUGAAUCUGUAUGCAAGAUUCUCGACCAGCCCGACAUAGAUGACCUAGAGGAAAUUAAAAUAUCAGGGAGAUCUAAAGCUGGAAAAGCGUUUGAUGGCGACAUUGUUCUUGUGGAAGUAUACAGUUAUAGAAAGUACGGACAGGAAUUUAUUGGUCGGUAUCAGCGGGACAUUAAUAGAAACAACAAAUUGCGCAAGAUUUAUGGCAAAGUAAUCGGCAUCUUUGAAAGGAAGAGAGCAAAAGACAUAACGCACCCGGUUUUUGUCUGUGUUUUGGACGAAACCUCGAACUUUCUUAUGAGACCAGUAUGUAAAACUAUUCCAAAGCUAAACAUUCUCCACAAUUUCAAAGAUCCAAACGUCAUUCUUGUCCAUAAGUACGACCCACAAUCUUCCUGUAUCAAAUUUCAGUAUCAAUUCAAGAUUGAUUUGAAAAAUAUCAGGAACUUCACUUUCCUAGUCGUUUUUCUCAGAUGGACCGAUUGUCACCCUUAUCCAUUAGCUGCAGUCAUCAAAGUCGUUAAAAUCGAAGAAAGUCGAUCAUCUGCACUUCAAAAUCUUCUACUUCAACACCAAGUGCCAAAAUACUACCAGGAAGAUACUGUCACGGAGACUGAAAGAAAAGUUCAGGAAUUUGACCCAGAGGAAGUAAAACGCGACAGAGAUAGGGAAGACUUGACAGCUCUGCAAGUGUUCACCAUUGAUCCUAGAAAUUCGAAAGAUCUCGACGAUGCAUUAAGCAUUGAAAAAGUAGGUGAAAACUAUCGUAUAGGUGUUCAUAUUGCGGACGUAGGCGCUGUCAUCAGUAAAGGUGAUGCGAUGGAUUUGGAGGCUCAGAAUAGAGUCUGUACAUUUUACCCUGGAGGAGACAUCAACCCCUACCACAUGUUUCCUGAACCAUUCAGCACCGAUAUAUGCAGCUUGCUUCCGGGCGUUCCUAGACCAGCAAUUACGGUUUUCUUUACAAUGAACAAACGAGGGAUAAUGGUGAAAAAUUUUGAAGUAAAGAAAACUGUCGUUAAGUCUUCACAACAAUUCACAUAUGAAGAAGUGCAGAAGAUUAUAGAGAAUGAUACCCCCAGUGAAAAAUUGCAUAACGACGUUUUAUUGCUGUUCAAAUUAGCAAUGAUGAUCCGAAUCGCACGAAUACAAACAGCUAUAUUUUCUCUACCAAUUGAAGGUAAGCUGAAUGAAACGAAGACAUCCUUAUCGAGUUCCAGAGAAGCACACUAUCUUGUUGAAGAAUUCAUGAUUUUAGCUAAUGUAGCUGUUGCACAGUUUUUGAAAGGGAUAUUCCCGGAGGUGGUACCUAUGCGUUGUCAGGAGGCACCAUCCAGAGAAAUGGUAGAAAAAUGGAUAAAUGAAAACAGUCCAGUCCUUAACAUGGUGCUGGGAUUGCAAGGCAUUCAUCCACAAAGAGACCAAGAGAGCAUAGGGUUACAUCAAAUCAGCAAUGUCCUGAGAUACAUAUAUGUCAUGCCAAUUCAGAAAUGGGUGUUUAAAAUGAUGAUGGAGUGUUUUAGCAACAACGAUCUGGAUAAAAUAGAAAAGCUCAUUUGCACAGAUGAACUUCAUCCAAUGCAAUGCUUGGCUUUAGAAGAAUGGAAAUCAUUCCAAGAAACUGCUUUCUACAAAUGUAGCAGUGCAACCAGAGCGUCAGAGGAAAUGAUCCAUUUCUCGCUGAAAAUGAACUUUUAUGUACAUUUUACAUCACCUAUUCGAAGAUAUCCUGAUGUAGUAAUCAAUCGACUUGUUCAUGCAGCUCUGGAAAAUACAGAAAGUCCUUAUUCAGCUGAGGAUGUGACAGAUAUUUGUGAAGGAUGCAAUAAAGGCAUUCGGAGAGCAAAACUAUUCCAAAAACAAUGUCAAAUGAUGAUUUGGGGAUUUCAGUUGAAAAAGACGCCUAAAGUCUUACAUGCCAUUGUCAGAGAACUCGCAGACAAAUCAGUAUCAAUAGUAAUUCCUGGUUUAAGAUCGCUGCCAGUCUAUUGCAAAGAGCUACCAUUGAAUCUACUACAAUUGUCUGAAAAGCCGAAAACUACAACUCGCCACGAACAUGAAUAUUUAGAACUCCAAUGGAUAAAACGACUUUAUGAUGUGACGGGAAAACCGAAGGCAAGUUGGAAAAGGUUAUCAUAUAGGGAAAAAGAAACAUUCUGUAAAAAGAUUAAUCCAAACUUAAAAUCAAAAUUCAUCAAGCAGGAAACUUGGAAGGUGUUUUUAUCGGGAGUCAUCAAACAUAAACUACCGGAGCUACGAGAAUAUCUGCUUGCUGGUGGUUUGGAGGACUUGUGUUUGGACAGAGACGGGUAUAAUUAUGUUGACGGGUGUCAUGAAACAGUGUUUGAUCACAGCUCUGAAGUCGAAAGUGGAAACGUUAUCAAACAAGGAUGUGAAUAUAGUAUGACAUUCACAAGAGGGCAAAUCGUUUGCGUUCAGCUUUCGGCAGAACCACAGAAGGGAAUACUUUCUCCGUCACUGCAGUUGUACGAUAUGACUGCAAGCAUCAAGUAUUGUCUUCAGCAUACUCGUGACCCGAUCAAAUUUCUCUCCACAUAUUCCUCUCUGAAACCAUACAAAACGUAUUCUUCUCCAAAGAAAUAUUUAAGUACAUGGCUGCCGCUGAUGGAAAUGGAGGCAGUAACGUCUGCAAUAGAUGAUGAUUCAGUUUCCAUCAAUAAUGUUCAAGUCACGUUUGAUUCAAAACGUUCAGGGUAUUUUAUUAUACCGCAAAGCUUUACCGAUCAAAGAGAUAUAGACUUCAAUGUCAUAUCCGAAAGACUUGUCAUAAGAGGAGAAGAUGAAACUGAUCGACAAGAAUAUCGUAAUUCUAGUUUUCUUUGCAUUCGGUCGGAACACGUCCUCAGAAAACCUGUUGAAACAAGGCAAUAUUCAUUGUCAAAUGAUCCGAGUGAUAGAAUCUAUUAUAUACUUCAUGCACGAAUUACUAUUGUUGAAAAGUUGAAAAAUAUGCCAAAUUCAGGAUCAGAUGAGGAAGUGCGGAAAAAGACCAGGAAUGUUUUGAAAGUUAAAUUUAAACUACACCCUGAGAGCAGUGAUCCCAGUGAUGAGAUGUACUACAAUUAUAAUCCUUCGCCCUGUACUGUAGAAAUCAUUGCAAAAUCUGAAACAGACACACGCACCGAGGUUAUUCUGGGAUGCCUUAGUCUAUCGACAGACGUGGCCAAGAUGAUUGCCCUCAAUAAAAGAGGCACCAUACGUUUAAAUACAACAUACAUUGAAAUAGCUUCGAAAAUUAACAUUGAAGUGAAAAUACCAAAGGUAGUACCAAACAACGAAUUCCAGAAAAAAGCAAUAAAGAACGCUCUGACUUCAACAUUUAGUCUCAUCCACGGACCACCUGGUACAGGAAAAACUCACACAGGUAUUAAACUGGUUUACCUAUUCGACAAAAUCAACACUAAAAUGCAAGAAGAAGGUUAUGCAAGAACGCAUGUCGUGUUUUGUGGACCGAACAACAAGUCUGUGGAUCUGGUGGCACGAUGGAUGCUUCAAACCUAUGGCAAAGAGUGCCCAGAUAUUGUUCGACUUUAUGGCAGUUCUCUUGAAAACAAAGUAUUCCCAACACUUGGUAAAUAUUUUUCCAAAAGAGCAUCUGCAAAAGAAUCCAAACCGGAUCCAGCGUUGGAAGAAAUAUCUGUACAUAAUUUAAUACGGUUGGAGGACAAACCAUAUUCUGAAGAUGUAGGUAGAUUUGACCAAUUGUUUCGCAAGUAUGAUUCAAACGAAUACGAACCCACUCUGAAAGACUUGAAAAAGUACAGAAAAUUGAUAAGCGAAGCAACAAAGACGGAAAUCAAACACCACCACGUUAUUUUCUGCACAACGUCGGUCGCGACAAGUCCAAGAUUUAUAAAAGCCCUCAGUGGUAAUAUUCAGCAGUUGAUCAUAGACGAGGCAGGAAUGUGCACUGAACCAGAGAGUAUUGCGGCAAUCAUAUCUACCAAAGCGAAACAAAUUGUUCUAAUCGGCGAUCACAAACAACUUCAGCCAGUGUUGAAGUCCUCCUAUGCAGCAGAAUUAGGUCUAGAAAGAUCUUUAUUUGAAAGAUAUUCGGAUCGCGCAACUAUGCUUCAAAUUCAAUACCGUAUGCAUCCAAAAAUCUGUGAGUUUCCAUCGAUUCAGUUUUACGACGGAAAGCUUCAGACGGAAUCUUCACCAAAGUGGAAUAUUCCAAAACCUUUGAAAUUGUGGAUCAAUAGAGAAAAGACACCACUUGUGUUUUGUCACAUAGAAGGAGAGGAAGAAUUUCUUACGGUUUCAACUUUGGAAGGAAAUGAACAAUCGUGUAGUAAUAAACAAGAGGUAGAACAAGUGGUCAAGAUAUUGAAGCAUUUGAUACAGCAUGAGAGACUUGACUUAAACGACAAAGAGAAUCUAAAUAUAAUGUCCCAGUACAAUGCUCAGUGUCAUCAGAUCCGUGCGGCCGUGUCCAAAAUAGCGGAGGGAAUUAAUGUGAACACAGUGGUGGCCAGUCAGGGUGGAGAAUGGAACUAUGUCAUUUUCAGUACAGUUAGGUCUUUGCCGCACUAUCGUAUCGAAAGCAAACCUACCUUGGGAUGGUGCAAGAAGAGUCUUGGUUUCAUAUCUGAUGAACAUCAAAUCAAUGUCGCUCUUACUAGGGCAAGAUGCGGACUUGUUAUUAUAGGCAACAAACAUCUACUAUCAUGCGACCCAACUUGGAAAAAUCUCAUUGACCAUUAUGCAAGACUUAACUGUGUUGUUGAUGAAGAUGAAUUUCCCAGAAUUCCAUAGAUAUAUCUACUUUCUCUACAGUACAGCUCGUUGGCAAAAAAAUGAAGGAAAACAAUUAAAAUAAGAAAUACUCACAUGUUGAAUACAGCUCGCUUUAUGGCCUUUUUAUGACCAUCUUUUUGCUGUAUUUAGUGUUGUAUGCUCCCGGAAAUUUUUUCGGGGGAGCAUAUAGUCGCCAUCAUGUCUGCCCGUCCAUCCGAGCUUAUAUCACCUAAACCUUUUAUUAGAAAUUGAUCAUAAAUACCAGUAUUCCUUGGGACAGGUGCUUUUGGACCAACAUCAUUAUGGAAAAGGUCAUGAUCACUCAGAACACAUACCUUAUAUAGGAAAUGGUUCCUUAUUUCAACAGAUAUUGAUCAUAUAUCACACAAAGAAGUAACAGGCAAUUGGCUUUCAGACAAAGGACACUCAAGUUCAUUUUGUACGGCCAUGAUCACUCAGAACAUAUCCAUUAUAUAUGAAUUUUUUUUUAUUUCAACAAUAUUUCUACAGUUAUUGAUCUCUGUGACCAAGGUCUGUGAAUGUCAUUUUGGAAAGGUCAAGGUCACUCAGAACAUAUACCCUUUACUUCAGCAGUAUUUCAACAAAUUGAUCACAUCACACAAAAAAGUAAUGACCAAAUGGCUUUCAGACAAAGGUCACUCAAGGUCAUUUCAUAAAGAUCGAGGUCACUCAGAACAUAUAUAUGAAGAAAACCUUUAUUUCAACAAUAUAUCAAUAUAUUGAUCUUUUGGACCAAGGUUAUUGCAAGGUAAUUUUGGAAAGAUCAAGAUCACUCAGAACAUAUGCCUUGUAUGAGGAAAAGGUUAUUUAAUUCAACAGUUUUUAGAGUUACAUGUAUUGAUCAUAUAUCACACAAAUAAGUAAAAGAUAAAUGGCUUUCAAACAAAGUUCAUUCAAUGUCAUUUUGUAAAGGUAAACGUCACUAAACAUAUACCUUAUAUGAGAAAAACUUUAUUGCAAUAAUAUUUUAACAGUUAUUGAUUGUGCGAGUCAUUCGUCACAUGAACAACUUCAUUGGUUAGAUGAAGUUCGGGGAGCAUCCUUCAGUUUUACUGAUAUUCCUGUUGAGCAUGUAUAUAUGUUUCAUUGUCUGAUCUACUUUCUGUUAUGUGAAUAGUCAGUUUUAAACUCUAACUUGUCAAAUUGUAGUUAUUAGUCAAUGUUAUGAUUUAAACCCUGCCAAUUAAUUGUUCUGUAAUAUUAUGUAAUAUUGAAUUUUAAUGUCUAGCCAUUUGUUAGUUUUAAUAAAGGACCAAUUCACACAAUGAUA